UUCAGCUUGUUCGACAUAAAUUCACCAAACAGGUCUAUGCAAUGAAACUCUUGAGUAAGGUGGAGAUGAUUAAACGUUCAGAUUCUGCCUUCUUCUGGGAAGAACGAGACAUCAUGGCCCAUGCAAAUUCUGAGUGGAUAGUCCAGUUACAUUUUGCAUUUCAAGAUCAGAAAUUUCUCUACAUGGUUAUGGAUUAUAUGCCAGGAGGGGACUUGGUGAACUUGAUGUCCAACUAUGAUGUACCAGAGAAGUGGGCCAAAUUCUACUGUGCUGAGGUAGUUUUGGCAUUAGAUGCAAUUCAUUCCAUGGGAUUUGUUCACAGGGAUGUUAAACCAGACAACAUGUUGCUCGAUAUUAGUGGUCAUCUUAAAUUAGCAGAUUUUGGUACCUGUAUGAAGAUGGAUAAGGAUGGGCUCGUAAGGUCAGACACUGCAGUUGGAACACCAGACUACAUUUCCCCAGAAGUCCUCAAGUCUCAGGGUGGUGAAGGCGUGUAUGGUCGUGAGUGCGAUUGGUGGUCUGUUGGGGUUUUCUUAUAUGAAAUGCUGGUUGGAGACACACCUUUCUAUGCAGACUCUCUUGUUGGAACAUAUGGAAAGAUCAUGGACCAUAAGAAUUCUCUCAAGUUUCCAGAGGAUAUAGAGAUAACAUCAGAAGCUAAAAGUCUCAUAUGUGGAUUCCUAACUGACAGGUUAACAAGAUUAGGUGGUAAUGGAGUGAAUGAAAUUAAAAGGCACAAGUUUUUCCUUAAUGACCAAUGGACGUUUGAUACCAUACGAGAUUGUGUACCCCCAGUUGUUCCUGAUUUAGAUGGUGAUGCAGAUACAAGCAAUUUUGAUGAAGUUGAAAAUGAAGAUUCACCUGAAGAGAGCUUUCCAGUACCAAAGGCCUUUGUAGGAAAUCAUUUGCCAUUUGUUGGUUUCACAUACUCUAAAGAUUAUAGAUUGCUAACCUCUCCAGACAAACCUGAUGGGAAGCGAAAUCUGAAUACACUGAUUUGGGAUUGGAUAAAGACAAAUGAUGGAACAGAUGCCAGUGAGUUGCCAGGAUUAAGAGCACAGUUAGAGCACCAGAGGAACAUCAUUGACGAGUUGGAAAAAUAAGCAUAAAACAUCAAUAUUGCAAUUGGAGACAAUUACUCGGA